AUGAAGAUAUUUUUGUAUACAAUUUUGUACAGUCAUGCCGACGCGAGGCCGAAUAAGACGAUCAGUCUCGGAAGAAUGGGAGAACCAACUGAUGAAAGAGAUUUUAUAGGUGAUAUUAUGAAAAAUGAUUUCAUCCUGGAGCCUCUUUCAAAGCCAAAAAGAUGCGGAAAGGUUGAAAUCAACGAAGACUCAACAGCUGGAAGAGUCACUACAAAAAAUCCCUACCCGAUGAAUACCAAGUGCACUUGGAAGAUCGACUCCUCCUGCUCAGCCCUGAAAUGGCGCUUCACUUCCUUCUCAAUUGAAGAUGAUACUGAUACUUAUGAAAAUGACUAUUAUUACGAGCAGUAUUAUCAGAAUCAGGAAGAGUCGGACAAUGUCAAGUGGUGGAUGUGCUCUUUUGAUCAUGUUCAGGUAUUUUACGGCGACAAGAGUACAGGUGAGAAAACGCCGCGACUGUGCCAGUGGGACACGGAUAGGGAGCCGGGGCAUCCAGGAGAGGAGUUCAUCACGGGCGAUUUCGACGACUACGUUUAUGUUGACAAUGGAAAACACGCCGGAAACCCAAGGUCUUUGGGCUAUCUUCUCUGGAAUCGAGUCUCCUACCCAACAAUGGAAAUCAACUUCCUCUCCGACGAGCAAAUCCACUCAUCCGGCUUCUCUCUUGAAUGGGAAUGCGAUGACACAUUCGACGACAAAUGUUCCAACCCACAACUGAACGCUGGAAUUCUAGCGGCAAUCGACAAGGCUUUCGAAACUGAUCUCCCGCGAUAUACAAAGCAGCAUCUUCACAAAGGCGCGAUCAAGAGGAGAAUCAACAAGACCGCCAGAUCGAGGAUGAAGAAGUGGGCUGUUCGGGUCAAAGCAGUUUAUGCAGCGCAUGGUUCUAGAGCGGCGAAAGAGACGGAGAACGAGAGGGAGUGCUUGAAGGAUUUCGUCAAUCCGGAUAAAUCGUUGGUUGGGUCGAACUGCGAUUUGAACAUCAGCGACAUCGAUUCACUCUGCCAAAACUUGGGCGACUAUUUCGAGCACAUCUACGGGUCUUGCCGAAAAAACCAAAAACUCUUGCGACUCGGUCGAAAAUGCGCGAAUAUCAAACGAGUCAUAGAAAUUACUGAAAAGAGCAACGAAAGAAAAAUGAGGAACAAGAUGCUUCUUGAAGCCAAUUUAUAA